AUGACCGCUUUGUCUCUUGCUGCUGCCCCAGGCGAUUUGCUUCUUGAAAUAGCUGCUCAUCUUGAUUGUCGAGCCGACGUUUUUAGCCUCUGUUUGACGAGCAAUAGAUUCUUCGCUACAGUGUCAUCCGUUCUUUAUACCUCAGUCACCCUUAACUCCGUUGAACAAUGCUCUACCACGUUGAAGAUGCUCAGGAAUCGCCCGGAUAUCGCCCGACACGUCCGCGAGCUCAUCGUUAGGCCCGGGGCUCUUUCUACAUCUGAUAAUCAAUUCAAUGCUAGUGAACGGGCUUCUGCAGCAGUCAGGGAUGUUGCAAUGUCGAAAGCCCUAGAUGCGCUGGUGAAGUUUACUUGGGAUUUCGAUGAUUUACCAGUAUAUGACGACAUGUGGUUUGCUCUUCGUAUAUGUUGCGGUCAGCUUCGAUAUGUGGGCACCUCAAUAGGAACAAGAGUCCCGAACCUUCACAGCCAUUUAUUUGACUUUGCCGACCUUCGAGGAUUCUCCUUGUAUCUGAAGCGCGCAUUUUUUGAAAGUCACCUGGACAUUUUCUCGGAUGAGCAACAACCUACUUCACGGAGAUUCUGGCACAUGCUUAUGAAGCGGUGUCCCAACCUUCAAGAACUAGUCAUAGACGGUGUCUCACCGUUCCCUGUCGACGCUCGGCCGCUAUCCCAUGCACGCUGGCCAAACCUCCGGCGGUUAGUUUUGGGUGACGUUGCCGUCGAUUGGCUCCCUGGAGAUGCGCUGGCCGCACCCGAUGCGAAGAGUCCUUUCAUAGAGUUUCUGGAAGCGCACCCCAACUUGCAAACGUUGGGCCUUUCGAGAUCCAAUGUCAGCCACACUCGACUGGCAACCAUGGCUCCCGACACCGUCAAGCUGCGCUCAUUCACUGGCACGCUAGAGCAGCUUCAAUCGAUCCCCCACAUGCACAAAUAUCUAGAUUGCGUUGCCUUUCGAGAACCAAUGCGAACAAGAGACGUCACCGCGCUGGCAGUAGCUGGUCUACUUCAGAAAUUGACUUCAUUGACGAAACUCAAGAUUUCAUUCAUGCUGCAUUCCAUGUAUGAUAGCGGGAAUUUACUACGUUCAUUAAUCGCUUCAUGUCCCAACCUUACACACCUCGAACUAGCAUGCGGCCAUAAGCCAUCCUUCCAGCUAGAGUUAUUCGCCAAAACGAUUAGAGGCUUUUCGAAACUCCGCGUUCUACACUUGACCCUUGUCAAAUAUCCUGGAGACGAUACCCUCGCUACGGGAGCUGCACGGAUUGCGAUGACCAACCCCAGAAUACAACAUUUUUCCUUGACUUUCUUACCGCCAACUUACCCAUUCGGUUUUCCGUUUCCUUUCUUGACUUUCCUGCCGUUUCCAUAUCGGUCAAGGGAUUCGGGUUCGUUCACACUUACAUGCGACAAGCAUGGCCUGCCGCAAACACUUCGUGGGUUUGAACGGCGACGAUUGCUCUGGCCGUUUGGACUGGGGCAAACUUACCGGAUGCGGAGAUAUAUCAACGAUCUUCGACCUGCUGGUUCUCCAGGCAGGCGGCAAACAGGCUUCCAGGGAAUAGUUGAGCUACUGUCCGAGAAUUCCGCUGCAGGGGAGGAAUUGCGGAUGUUGUUGUUCUGCGGACUGCUGGUCUUUUUAGCUAUUUGGGGAUGCUGGCUAGGGAAUCGCAAUCACGGUAAAGACAGUACGUUAUGA